UGGGGGCAUUAUUACAGUUGAUGAUCGUAUGUUAUUCUGGCCAGAAAUUAAUGGAUGAAAGUCAGAAUAUAUUUCAUCGAGCAUAUGCAGCGGAAUGGUACAAAUUUUCACCAAGACUAAAAUCACUGCUAAUCAUAACUCUUUACAGAAGUAUUGUGUCGUGUAAACUGACAGCAGGGAAUUUGUUUUCAUUAUCAAUGGCAGUCUUCGUUUCGGUGGUACGAACGGGUGUAUCUUAUUUCACGACAUUGUUAUCGUUUAAAAAUUAAUUAGUUUUGAAACAUAAAUGCUUAGUUAAUUUUUUACUAAUACUUCGAUUCAAUCUUCAAUUCAGUCUUCGAUUCAAUAAACUGUAGAUAAAAAUUCC